GACUCGUCUUCUCUCCUACUCACUCUCUUCAAGAUAUCAAGUCAUAGGCUCCCACCCAAUUAGCCUGAGGGAGUUUCGACAUCUUCAAGGAUCUUCAAGGAAAGCAAGUCCUCCAUCAGCGCAGGGAUAUCGACAGACUGAGGUUGUGGGCAAGAUGGAUAGGCACUAAAUAAGACAUCAACUUCAGAGGUAAGGAACACGUUGAUUUCGUAAUGACAAGCUGCUGUGCAGAAGAUGUCCACGCUGUCUGUGACUGAUAUCCCAGAUGUUGGUCAUGAUGAGAGUAAGGUGUUUGACGGGGCCUCUGAGCUGCAGCUGGACUGCAUGGUUGAGGAGAGCAGUGGAAGCACCACAAUGAAGCACGAAGGCCUGCUGUCGCUGGCUGGCCUCUCGCAGACAGAUGACUUCCCCGUCCCCCCUCAUAACGGCCCUGCACUGACGGAGAUGAGCAGCCCUCUGCUGGUGGAGCCGAACGAUAUCAAGCUGGAUCCAGCUGCAGGCGACACAUCUGCCAGCAUAGAUGGUCAGCCGGUGAAAAGAAAGAAGGGGCCUGCUCCAAAGAUGCUGGGCAACGAGGUGUGCAGUGUUUGUGGUGAUAAGGCCUCUGGUUUCCACUACAACGUGUUGAGCUGUGAAGGCUGCAAGGGCUUCUUUCGACGCAGUGUCAUUAAAAGUGCCCAGUACUCCUGCAAAAACAACGGACGCUGUGAAAUGGACAUGUACAUGCGCCGCAAGUGCCAGCAGUGCCGCCUGCGCAAGUGUCGGGAGGCGGGCAUGCUGGAGCAGUGUGUGCUCUCUGAGGAACAAAUCCGACUGAAGAAAAUGAAGAAGCAGCAGGAGGAGGAAACAGCCCGCACGUCCACAGUGGUCACCCCCACCCCUCCGCAGGAAGCAGCUGCACUGGAUCCCCAACAGCAGGAGAUGAUUGAGAAGCUGGUGGCCAUGCAGAAGCAAUGCAACAAGAGGUCUUUCCUUGACCGACCAAAAGUGACGCCAUGGCCACAGAGUCAGGACUUGCAGAAUCGAGAAGUACGUCAGCAGCGGUUCGCCCACUUCACUGAGCUCGCGAUCAUGUCGGUCCAGGAGAUUGUGGAUUUUGCGAAGCAGCUUCCUGGUUUCCUGGAGCUCACAAGGGAGGACCAGAUCGCUCUGCUGAAGACGUCUACUAUUGAGAUUAUGCUGCUAGAGACAUCUCGGCGGUACAACCCUGCUAUCGAUAGCAUAACAUUUCUGAAGGAUUUCAGCUAUAAUAAGGAGGAUUUCGCCAAAGCAGGACUACAGUUCGAGUUCAUUAACCCCAUUUUUGAGUUCUCAAAAGGAAUGAAUGACCUGCAUUUGGAUGAGGCUGAAUAUGCCCUGCUGAUUGCCAUUAACAUCUUUUCUGCAGAUCGGCCAAAUGUACAGGACCACGAUCUGGUGGAGCGGUUGCAGCAGCCCUAUGUGGACGCCCUGCGCUCUUACAUCAUGAUAAAGAGACCAAAUGAUCACUUGAUGUUUCCCCGUAUGCUGAUGAAGCUGGUGAGCCUUCGUACACUAAGUAGUGUCCACUCGGAGCAGGUCUUUGCCCUUCGCCUCCAGGACAAGAAGCUUCCCCCGUUACUCUCUGAAAUCUGGGAUGUCACUGAGUGACUGCGAACCUGACUUCCUUAUCUGCAUCUCUGUGAAGCCUGAAACAGACCUGGCAUGAAGCAAAAACAAAGACUCCUUUCUGCCCAUCUUGUCAGGGAUUGGUUAUGUUUGACUUUUUUUUUUUGAUGGGAGGAGAGCAAAAAAUAUCUUCUGUUCUCAAACAGACUGCUGAAUGGUUUGAGUUCAUAUGGACGAUUAUGGACACCUAGUGUUUUUUUCUUUGAGCUUUUUUGUUGUUCUUUGAGGGUAGAUGCUGACAUUAUUAUGGUGAUACUGAACACCGGCAUCAGGCUCCAUAGCCAGUGAUUAAAUACUAUUUGAAAGUUCUGUUGAUCUCUAGUGCAGUUCCGAGCUCAUCCUCUAAAAAUUAGAAUCAAACUUCUGAGCAGGUCUUAGCCGUGGCUGCCUCCAACGCCAGAUUUGCAGCCACAACUUGUGUUGAAAUAGUGAUUUUUGCAGCCGUGCAAUAGGUGGAAAUAAAAGCAGAGUUAAGCAUGAGCAGACCCUGAUCUGCUGAUGACUUUAUUGAUGUUUGAGUAAAACGGUAGACCAUCCGGUUGGUAUUGUGCAUUGUAAUAUGGCUUGUGUUCCUUUUGGAGUAAGCGCAGAAAUCGAUGAGUUGAUGUAGUCGCUCAGGUAAAGUAAUGUGAAGUAGACCUCUGGGAAUCAGAGGCUUCUUAAAUUUCUAGAUUAGUUUUCUUUCCAGUGCAUAAGGGACCCUUUUGGUCAUUUGUAGAUGCCCAUUAACUUUGGUGUAAAAUUGUAUAUUUAUUUUCACAGGCAGAAUGUGUAGAGUGCACACAUGUAAAGUAUCCUCAAGAUUGUACAAUCACAUACUAACGCACAAGAAAGUAAACCCCUGCAGGAGACUGGCAAAUUCUACCCCUUAUUUACAGGAAAUGGUAUGCAACUAAUUAUUUUUUUUAAUUUACUUUGAGCACAAGUACCUUUGAAUAAUUGGUACUGACAUUUCUCUAAAUUCCAUAUAAAGAUGUUUUAAAAGGUCCAGUAAACAUCUUUAUGACAGUGCUUUUUAAAAAAAAAAAAAAAACAAUUUACUGACAGAGAUCAAACUAGAAAGAAUUCCUUCUGUUUGUUUUUAUGUUCAUGUUCGAUGUACUUUUGUUCAUUUCAUAAUGAAGCAGUGCAGUUACUUACAUAGUUUGUUUUUAUUCCACGAGCAUUUAAAGAAGAAAGAAAUGUACAAACAUGGAGUAACAUAGAGAUUUUCACAGUCUUUAUUUUUGAUAAUAUACUGUAUGAAUACCUGUGAGCUGAAUUUCUGAUGGAAAACUAGCUUAAAUUAAUGGUCUACCAUAGUCAUUGAGUAUGUUCCUCAAACAGGUACUCGGAACCAACAGCUUUAACUGGUCAGAUUCUGGAAAGCCUCGCUAAAAACUGUACCAAAAUCUUCUUCAUCGUGAAGCAGAGAACAAGAAAUGAGUAGAAAUAGUAUGUCAUGACUACAGAGACGAUGUGUUUUCCAUGAAAUCUCCUGUGCAGUGUAAACUUGAAAUACAUAACAGAUGAUAAAGGAAUGUCAAUGCAAAUACAA